AUGAUUGGGGAGGAGCCUAGACCGAGUGACCCCACGCUGCAGGAAGAUUGGGACGAGCGCUCCUCGGCUGGCUACUAUUUGAUGUCGCAGAGUUUGGAGCUGAACCAGCGUCACCACGUCAUGCACCUGCUGCCGGAGGUUGAAUGCGGUCCGAAGGCGUGGACCGUGUUGAAGGAGCUGCACGCCCCGACCUCCGUUGUCGCAACGUUGAUGCUGGAGAGGGAGCUGUCCGCGUUGCGCCUGAGCGAGGGAGAGCCGGUGCAACCAGUCCUGGACAAGAUGCGCGACCUCUACGCGAAGUUGGCGACCGCGGGAAUCACCUACCCGGAGCAGACCAAGUGCUUGAAGAUGCUCUCGCUGCUGCCAGAAUCGUGGCUUCAAUUUACGAGCGGAUUGAGCCUGCCGCAGAACCAGAGCUUGUGGACGCUCGAGUGGGUGCGGACGAAGAUUCUGGAGGAGGACUUCCGUCGCCGCCAACUGAGGGGUGGAGACGACGGCAGCAGCGGCUACGGGAUGCAAGGGAGCCGACGUGGCAGAGGACGUGGCUUCGGUGGUGCUGGACGCGGUGCAAAGAAAGACGACGACUCCAACGACCAACAAGGAGGUACCGGUUGGGGUCGCGGUGCGAAAUCUGGACGUGGGGGCAAGUCGGGUGCUGGUGGCAAAAUGAAAGGGAGUUGCUGGUAUUGUGAGAAGGAAGGGCACCCCUGGUUUUUGUGCUAUAAGAAACCCGAUGGAUGGACCCCCCAGAAUCGUCACCAGGAUGGCGGCGCGCGGAGGAACCAGAAAAACGGCGCCAACAUGGUCGCUGAUUCGUCCGACAACAACCCGAAGGGCAACGGCGGUACGGAGAAGAAGAAGGAGCGCACCGCGGGCCAAUUCUUCCAUGUGGGAGACAAGGGGGAGCAAGGAGACGCCUCUGCCAAAGUUGGAGCAGAGCUGCACCCCCUAGACUAUUGGGUGUUGGACACAGGCGCUGCUUGGACGAUGACGCCGCGCAAGGACCUGCUGGACGAAAUACGAGCUGCACCGAUCAAUGAAGUGUGCUCCGCCUCUGGACACAUGUUGAAGGUGGCUGGUGCGGGACGAGCUGCGUUUAAGGGAGCGGAUGGCAAGCCGGUGGUGCUGCACGACGUUCUCUUCGUCCCCGACCUGAAGGCCAACCUUAUCUCCCUCCGUAAGCUUGGCAAGGCUGGGGUGAACACCAACACGGAUGGGGCACGCACUUAUAAGGGGAAGCUGGGCAAUCGGGUGCUUUGGGAUCUGCACGAGAGCAAGGACGUGUACAGAUCUAUGUGGCAGCUGCCGGCCCUGGCGUGGCAUGGUGGGGGGCAGGCUGGAGAGGGGUCUGCAUCCCAGGGGGAGUGCAAUGCCGUUGGAGGGGUUGGUGUGAAAGUGUCGGCCAGAUCUGGGGAGACAGAUUGGGCAACGGCACACCGGCGCUUAGGGCAUGUGGCAAUGCCUUUGCUGAAGCAGCUGGAGAAGGAUGGAGCCGUUAAGGGUCUGAAGCUGAACGGACAGCCACCCGAUGACAACUGUGAAAUCUGUUUGCUUUCAAAGUUCACCCGUUUCCCUUUCCAUAGUGUGGCUGGCAGGAGCAAGAAGCCUUUGGAGCUGGUCCACAUGGACUUGGUGGGGCCGCUGCCGGUGCAAGGGCACAAGGGGGAGCGGUAUUUUCUUACAAUUGUGGAUGACUGGAGCAGGCUGAUGUGGGCGUAUCCGCUGAAGCAGAAGGACCACGCCGCCUCCACGAUACUGGACGAGUGCGUAGUGGUGUACCUGGACGAUAUCCUCAUCUACUCCAAGAACAUGAAGGAGCACGUGGAGCAUCUACGGAAGGUGUUCGAGUUCCUACGGAAAAACAAGUUCUACGUGAAGCUGUCAAAGAGUGACGUCGCCCUGAAGAAUGUGCAGCUUUUCGAGCACAUAGUGAGUGCGGAGGGCGUACACGUGGACCCGCGGAAAAUCGAAGCCGUUAAGAAGUGGAAAGUACCGGAGAACGUGAAGGAGUUGCAGCAGUUCCUAGGCUUCGCCAACUACUACAACAGGUUCGUGCCGCAGUACGCUAAGAUAGCAGCGCCACUGACCGACCUACUGAAAAAGGAUACGCCCUUCAAAUGGGAUACUCCUCAUCAGCAAGCCAUGGAGCAGCUACAGACAGCACUGACCACAGCACCAGUACUCAUCCUACCGGACCCAGACAAGGACUACGUGGUGGAAGCAGACGCUAGUGACCAGGCAGUCGGAGCAGUAUUGAUGCAGGAUCACGGACGCGGUUUACAGCCUAUCGCCUACCUUAGUAAGAAGCUACACGGAGUAGAACUAUACUAUCUGAUUCACGACAAGGAAGCAUCAGCCAUCGUAGCCUUCAAGACUGUGUUUUCACUGACCACUGCAGUGUCAAAUAUCUGA